GUUACUCAUUUUUCUCCAAAUUUUCUUCUAUAUGGACCAUAACAUUUUUUGAUGAACAGUUUAGUAUUUUCUUGGUUAAUAUUUUUCAGAAAAAUUUCAACUUUCUGUUACAAAAAUUUUUAUCCUUUAAAAAGCUAAACUACUAGUCACCUUUUUCCUCCAAUUAUUACACCAUUUCUGUUUUUCUGGAAGAAGUUUUGGCGUUUGGAUUUCUCUUCAUUCAUACAUAAAACUCCACUAUAAUUAAUUCAGUGUAAUAGUAAGUUUUUCUUGAAUAAAAAAACUUGUAAGUUUUUUUUUUGUUUUAUUUUGUUUUCAGGUAAAUUUAUGAUGGAGUAUCUGUUUGGAUUCUAUUUUUGUAAGGCGUAUAAUAUAAGCAUUUUCCUUGAAUAGAACUAAUAUGGGAAUUUGAUUUUGGCAUCACUGAAUUAAUGAGUUAAUAAUUUUGUGAAAGUAACAUUUGAAAGAAAAAUAUAUAUAAAAGAGUAUUAGAAGGCUUCACUUGUUCUAAGUCAUCAAUCAUGGUAGAGGAAGAUGGAUUAUGUUUUCCAUACACAAAGAGCAAAAUUCCUCUCUUCAUCUUCUUCAAAAAUGCCAGGUUGGUGUUCAAGAUGGAUGAGCUUGGACAGGAAAUAGCACAGAUUGCACUUCCUGCUGCACUGGCUUUGACAGCUGAUCCUAUUGCUUCUCUUGUUGACACAGCUUUUAUUGGCCAAAUAGGGCCUAUUGAACUUGCUGCUGUUGGGGUCUCCAUAGCUCUUUUCAAUCAAGUAUCUCGGAUCGCAAUCUUUCCUCUUGUAAGUGUGACUACUUCUUUUGUGGCUGAGGAAGAUGCCGUGGCAGAAGUGGCUGAACAACAAAAGAUAGAAUGCUUGGAAUCCAAUUCAAGUUCUAAUAAUGAAGCCAAAGAACUAUUACCUCAAUCAGGGGAGAGUACUUUUAAGUUCAAAACAAGUAGCUUUAGUGUUGAAAGUUCGAAGCCUCAAAAACGGCACAUUCCAUCCGCUUCUUCAGCUUUGGUUAUUGGUGCAAUUCUCGGUCUUCUCCAGGCGAUUUUCCUCAUUUCUCUAGCAAAGCCAUUAUUGAACUAUAUGGGUGUCAAACCUGACUCGCCCAUGCUACCCCCAGCUAAAAGGUACUUAACAUUGAGGUCACUCGGUGCACCUGCUGUUCUUCUUUCAUUAGCUAUGCAAGGAAUUUUCCGUGGUUUUAAGGAUACCAAGACUCCUCUGUAUGCCACUGUGGCAGGGGAUGUCACUAACAUAAUUCUUGACCCAAUUUUCAUGUUUGUCUUUCGGUUGGGUGUCAGUGGUGCAGCAAUUUCCCAUGUUAUAUCACAGUACUUGAUUUCGAUCAUACUAUUUUGGAGACUUAUUCAACUAGUUGAUCUCCUACCUCCGAGCAUCAGGGACCUCAAAUUCGGUCGGUUUCUAAAAAACGGUUUUCUUUUAUUGAUGAGGGUCAUUGCUGUGACAUUCUGUGUGACCUUAGCUGCAUCUAUGGCAGCACGCUUAGGGCCCACACAAAUGGCUGCAUUUCAGGUCUGUUUGCAAGUGUGGUUGGCGACUUCCCUUCUUGCUGAUGGACUUGCUGUUGCUGGCCAGGCAAUACUUGCAAGUGCUUUUGCAAAGAAUGAUUUCGAGAGAGCAACAUCAACUGCCUCCAGAGUAUUGCAGUUGGGAUUUGUUCUAGGAUUGGCCUUAUGUUUCAUGCUCGGGUUCGGCUUAAAGUUUGCAGCAAGAUUAUUUACCAAGGAUGUCGAUGUCUUGAACCUUAUUACCAUAGGCAUUCCAUUUGUUGCUCUGACACAACCAGUAAAUGCAUUGGCCUUUGUUUUUGAUGGCAUCAACUUUGGAGCAUCUGAUUUUGCAUAUUCAGCCUUUUCCAUGGUGAUGGUGGCUGUUAUGAGCAUUUUGUGUUUGAUGUUUCUUUCUUCUCAUUAUGGUUUUAUUGGGAUAUGGGUGGCUCUAACUAUUUACAUGAGCCUCCGCGCGUUUGCUGGGUUUUGGAGAAUUGGGACAGGAACUGGACCUUGGAGCUUCCUUAGGAGUUGAAUUCCAUUCUGUUAUUUUUGGAACAUUUUGCCUACUUUGUAUAUGUAGCUCAAGGAGGGAUGUAUAACUUUGUAGAACAGAAUUUUUUAAGAUCCCAAUCUCAUGGAAAAUAGGUAUAGUAAGUAGUUAAUUGUUAUACUAUAGGUCUGAAUUUUCACAAUAAAAAAAGCAUCUAUAUACCAACAAUACCAGCAACAAAAGAUUUUUACUUAUA